AUGCACCUGCUGGGGAAGGCCUUUAUUUUCCCCGAAAAGGGCUACGAUGCCUACGUCACGUUGAAUUUUACCCAAGUAGACCCCCUCCAUAGCUUCACUUUAUGCCUGAAGUCUUUCACCAACUUGAUCCAGGACUACACCCUUUUCUCUUACUCUACCCAAUACCACGACAGAGACAUCUCAAUUUAUAAGACAUACAUGCACGGGCAUCCAACAUUCAUUGUCUCCAUCGGGGGAGAAAAGGCGCAUUUCAGAGUUCCCGAUUCCUAUCUGGGGUGGAAGUCCAGCUGCGUCACCUGGUCUUCAGAGACGGGAGCGCUCACCCUCGGGAUGGGUGGCUAUGUCCUGGCACGCAAGGUUGUGCUGAAGGGUUACUCCGUCGGACCCAAUCCUCGGGUUACAUUGGGGGAUGUUUACUGGCGCACUUACUGGAAGAGCGCCUUUGGUGGGGAGAUUAAAGACGUGUACAUGUGGAAUGACAUCAUCCCAAUGAAGGAUCUGAAAACAACUGCCUGGGACUUCCUGUCACCUUCUCCCAUCAUCAACUGGAGAAACCUGACGUAUGAGAUGUAUGGCAACGUGACCCUCAUCUGA